ACUCUGGAAAAGUUUGGUGGCAUCGACAUACUAGUUUCAAAUGCAGCUGUAAAUCCCACAAUAGGAGGUGUAUUGGAUUGUCCAGAGACUGCAUGGGAUAAAAUCUUUGAGGUCAAUGUGAAAAAUGCCCUCCAGCUCUCACAGUUGGUGGUGCCACACAUGCAGCAGCGAGGAGGAGGAUCAAUAGUCUAUGUGUCAUCAGUUGCAGGAUUUCAGCCAUUCAAUCUUCUGGGAGCAUACAGUGUUAGCAAGACAGCUCUCCUUGGACUAACUAAAGCAGUUGCCCAGCAGGUAGCACCUGACAACAUCCGGGUUAAUUGUGUGGCUCCUGGUAUAGUGAACACCAAGUUCUCUAGUGUGUUGAUUGAAAAUCCUGCAGCAGCUGAAAAGCUUCAGGAAAAUAUUCUUCUUGGAAGAUUUGCAGAGCCAAAGGAAAUGGCUGGUUUAGUGUCCUUCUUGUGCAGCAGUGAUGCUUCAUACAUCACUGGUGAAACAAUUGUUGUUGCCGGAGGACUGCCCUCACGCAUGUAAUGAAACUACUGCUUACAUUGUGACUAAUUUUAAGACUGAUGUUUAGGGAUUGUUUUCAUUACAGAGGAACUGUUAAAAAAAUUGAAUUUUUUAAUGUAGAAAUAAGUUAAGCAUUUUUUCAGUUCAAGCUAGUCUGUAUUCUGUUCAUUUUGGAUGUGUAAAAUCAGUACCGCCCACAGUCUUUUGUGCGAACUUGUGAUUGGUUGGACCAAACAGCUGAGAGAUGUCCAUGUGACUUUAGCCAUCAGCUAGCUGUCUAGAUGAUAGGAAAAGGGACAUGGGAGCACCUUCACCUCCCAGGCUCCCCAUCCACACUUAUCAACAUAAGAGUACAACAUAUUUUAGAAAUAAUUUGAAAGACAAAUUAAAAAGUAAAGAGAUAAUUAAUAAGCAUGCCACAUUUACCUUACCCCCACUAAAGGUGACCAUGCUGAGAGAAGGCCAGUGGCCUGUGUAGGAUCCCUCCAUUGUUCUUGAUAAUUAUGUCAAGGGUUAUUUUGAAACCCAGUACUGUUUGUGAUUCCACAACUUGGGCUGGUAGACUGUUCCAUAGGUCUACCAACCCUCUUGUGUGAGGAAGCAUUUCCUCAUGUUCAUUCUGCAUGAUAAUUUGGCGAGCCUGUUGUUAUAUCCUCUGGUACGUGUUGAUGGUGCUUGACACCACAAAGUGAUUCAGAUUCACGUUUUCGAUCCCUUUCAGGAUUUUGAAUGUUUCAAUGAGAUCUGUUUUAUUGUCUGAAGUUUUGUUAGUCCUGAGGCCCUCAGUCCACUUGGAUAAUUAAGAUGGCAUUGUUCCGGAAUCAUCUUAGUCGCUCUGUGUCACAACCUUUCUAGGUAUGGUAGAUCUUUCUGGUAGGGUCUCCAUGCCUGUGUAUAUUAAUCCAGACUGGGACAUACGUGAGAUUUGUACAGUUGAAGGAGCAUUUUCCUAUCUUUGUAUUCGAAGGUUUGCUUUAUAAUUUCUAAUUCUCGGUUUGCUUUUCUCACUACUAUCCCCACCUGUUGCACCGCCUUCAGCUAAUAAUCAAUCUCGACCAUGGGUAUGCAGAUGUGUCUCUUGUAUUUCAAAUAUUAUUUUCUUGUUCAGUGUUGCCACAAGAAUUUGUUACUAAACCAUGGCAGACAGCCUUCACAGGAUGUGGCAAAGACAGGAAAGUAGCCCAAAUUUUACAAAUUGGAUAUUAUUCUGGCACUCAACUUUGACACACAUAUACGGUAGAGUAUUACAGUACCUCUAUACUAAAAUAAAUAUGAGCAGCUAGUUUGGUAUAAGGAGUAUUUCAGUAUAAAAGGAAUCCAACAAAUUUGUGCAAUACAGUACAGUCCAUACUUCACUUUAACAACUAAUUGGUACCAUGAAAACGGUCGUUAAAGUCAAAAUCUUUAAUGUGGUGAGUAUACCGUAAGUUGCGGUGUAUAAGUCGACCCCCAAGGCCCAAACAAAGGCUAGGCUAGAACUAAAAUGUGGAUAUAGCCUUUGGCGAAAGUGUGAAUAAGGCCACACCACUUUCAAGACACUUACCGUAAUACCUUUAAAUAUUUGAUAUAUAUAUAUUAUAUAGUUCAUACAAAAAGGGAAGUGGGCAACAGGAUCUAAGUAAGACAGCAAGCAACCGCUAAAAAUCUUCAGUAAAUUAUCUUCGUAAGAACUCUGGUAAAUACCAAGCCAAAAUCAACACCUCCAAUAAAAUAUUAUUUAAUUACACAUCAUACCAAUAAAGAACCUUGAUAGUACCGCUAUAUACGGUACAACAUUAUGGUACACCUGGCUUAUGAUCCGCCAUUUGCAUCAGCUGGUGUAAACAAACUGCCAGGUAGUUGUCUGGCUGGCCGCUUGGGUUUAGUGGUGUUCUGAUCGAUUGUUUACUGUGCAUCAGCUGUUGAAAAUGGCAUGUGGUGUUGUAUUCGUUUAAUUAUACUGGAAUUUACUAUUUUAAUAUAACCGGUAAUCUCUGUUAAAUAAGUUUACCAAACAUGAAUUUCAGUAGGAAAUAUUAGCGGCAGGCCACGGGAGUUACGCUAAGUGAUGCACAGCGAGUGUUAGGACCACUGUCCUGACUAAUUCUUCCUCUAGUAAACCCUUCUGGUCCUUAACUAAAAACAUCUGUAACAGCUUCUUCACACCUUCUUUUCCUCCCCUCUUCCAUCCCAAUAACUCUAUAGC